GUCUUAAACUCCCGAUCACAUCGAUUUUGCCUACAAAAAUUCACUGAACGGUAAACAUGAUGUGACCACACUUUACACCUUUGGUUAUGGCACACGUUGUGGUUUUGUCACUGGUGUAGUGUGAGUAAGUAUAAUGUGUGUGUGUGUUCAGAUUAGCGUUGUGAUGGAGGGCCUGGGGCUUCAGGCCGUGGCUCUGAGCGAUGGAUCCACUGCUUUUAUACAGCAGAGCAUCAGCGAUGGGAGUCUAGUAGAAGGAAACACCAUUCAGCUGGAGGACGGGACGACCGCAUACAUUCAACACGUCAGCGUCCAGCAGAAAGAGUCGCUGGCGUUUGAGGAUGGUCAGGCUGUUCAGCUGGAGGACGGAACCACCGCCUUCAUCCACCACACGCCUAAAGAAGGGUUUGACCCUGGCGCGGUAGAGGCCGUUCAGCUGGAGGAUGGCAGCACCGCUUACAUCCACCAUCAGCCAGGGGGCGCUGUGGAGAUGAGCUCAGACACCAUCGCCACGCUGGAGAACUACGCCAGCAAGCUGACGGGGUCAGAGCUUGAGGCCGACGACAACAUGGAGAAUGCAAAUGGAGCAGAGCAGACCAGCAUACAGCUGAUGUUCGAGGGGAAGGUGUGGAGCUCCAGUAAAGUUCAGCAGGUCACAGACAGAAGUUUCCGCUGUGAACACCCAGGCUGCGGGCGAUACUACACCACCGCGCACCAUCUGAAGGUUCACGAGCGCUCACACACUGGGGACCGGCCAUACCGCUGCGAGGUGCACUCCUGUGGGAAAGCCUUUGCCACCGGCUACGGUCUGAAGAGCCACCAGCGCACACACACCGGAGAGAAACCCUACAAAUGCCCUGAAGACAUGUGCUAUAAAGCCUUCAAGACCUCCGGGGACCUGCAGAAACACGUGCGCACACACACUGGCGAGAAGCCCUUCAAGUGUCCGUUUGAGGGCUGUGGACGCUCUUUUACCACCUCCAACAUCCGGAAGGUUCACACACGCACACACACUGGCGAAAGGCCUUAUUUGUGCCCGGAGCUGUCCUGCGGUAGAGCCUUCGCCAGCGCUACCAACUACAAGAACCACAUGAGGAUACACACAGGUGAGAAGCCAUACCUGUGCACAGUCCCCGGCUGCGGGAAGAGUUUCACAGAAUAUUCCAGUCUUUAUAAGCAUCAUGUUGUCCACACACACUGUAAACCGUACACGUGCAGCCACUGCGGGAAAACCUACAGACAGACGUCCACGCUGGCCAUGCACAAACGCACCGCACACGGAGACUUCGACACCACAGAGGACGAUGCAGAGGUGUUGGACGGUUCGCCGCAGGACGCCGGGCACAACGAGCCUGAUGCUGACGUCGCCAUGGAAACCAACAACAUCAUCAACUCACACCUGCAGGUCCUCGGCACCGCCGUCACCAUGGUUACCCAGGAUGGAUCUGCUAUCGCCGUUUCCGCCCAGCAGAACCACAUCGGCGGGCAGCAGGUCACCAUGCUCACAGAUGGCAAAGAGCUGCAGCCGGUUGCCAUAGUAACUUCAGAAGGCAUCAUGACUGAAGUGAACUCAUCAGCGUACCAGCAGGUGGCGCUGUUAGCCACGGAAAAUGGCACACAGAUCGCAGUACAGUUAGAAGAUCAACAGACGCUAGAGGAGGCAAUCACCAUGGCAACAGCGGCGAUUCAGCACAGCGGACUGACCUCAGAUCAGUGACGGAUGAAAACACAGACUGGAUGAAUGCCGUUUUAAUGUGUAGUGUGUGUGAGACAGAGAGUUUCUGGAGUUAUUUUGUACCUGCUUUGAGGCAGUAGGAUUAAAACAUGCUGAAAAUAAAGAUGUAUAUUUGUUAAUAAAGACACUAUGCAGUA